CGGGCCCCACACCCCGCGGCGGUGGCCGCUGUGAGGACAAGGGUCUCCUCUCCGCGGCCCCUAAGCUCGGGGCCAGGUGGUGCGAUCGCGGGCCUGAUGGCAGAUCUCGGCCCUCCAGAGCCAGGUUCGCCCUCGGACCGGGGCCCCGCGGGUCACCGGGAGGCCCUCUGCUCCCGGCCAUUGUCGCAAGAGGGUAUCGGGAAGGAUAUCGCCAGAGGUGCACGUGCGACGGGGCGGGCGCGGGGCCUGCGCCUCCCCCUGGGAGGAGUCCCACCCCGCGCGGGCCGCCCCGGGCGCCCCGGCUGCAUUUUGCCCGGGCGGCCACACCUGGAGCUGGGCGGCGAGGCGGGGCCGGAGCGCAGGCCGGGGCGCGGGAGCCGCGGGGCGCGGGGCGCGGAGAUGGCGCGGGGCCCGGGCGGCCGGUGCGCGCUGCGGCUGCUGCUGGCGCUGGUGAGCGAUGGCGCGGAGGGCGCGGGGCUCGCAGGACUGUGCGGACUGCGGCCGGUCGGGGUCGGGGUCGGGGGUGGACGCGUGCCACCUGGCCUGGCCCUGCGUCUCUGUCCUCCACUCGGAUCCCGGUGGAUCUGUGGAUCCCACUCGGAUCUGUGGGUGCGGCGAGCCGCGGGCCGGGGAACCCCUUUCCUGGGAGUCGGGCUUUGUUCGCCGGCUGUUCGCACCGGAAACAUGGAGAUCUGCUUGAACCUUGGAAAUGGACUUCACUUAGAGGUUCUAAAUGCAAGAAGUGAAGACAAGCUGCUUGCUAAACAUACUCACUUAGUGCGGCAGAAGCGGGCCUGGAUCACCGCCCCUGUAGCUCUUCGGGAGGGAGAGGAUUUGUCUAAAAAGAAUCCAAUUGCCAAGAUACAUUCUGAUAUUGCAGAAGAAAGAGGAAUAAAAAUUACCUACAAAUACACUGGAAAAGGGAUUACAGAGCCACCUUUUGGCAUAUUUGUCUUUAACAAAGAUACUGGAGAAUUGAACAUUACUAGCAUUCUUGAUCGGGAAGAAACACCAUAUUUUUUGCUAACAGGUUAUGCUUUGGAUGUGAGAGGAAACAAUGUAGAGAAACCAUUAGAACUACGCAUUAAAGUUCUCGAUAUCAAUGACAAUGAGCCGGUAUUCACACAGGAAGUCUUUGUUGGGUCUGUUGAAGAACUGAGUGCAGCACAUACACUUGUGAUGAAAAUCACCGCAACGGAUGCAGAUGAGCCCAAUACUAUGAAUUCCAAAAUUUCCUACAGAAUCGUGUCCCAGGAACCUGCAAACCCUCCCGUGUUCUACCUAAAUAAAGAUACCGGCGAAAUUUAUACAACCAGUAUUACUUUGGACCGGGAGGAACACAGCAGCUAUUCCUUGACUGUAGAAGCAAGAGAUGGCAAUGGUCAAAUAACAGAUAAACCAGUAAAGCAAGCUCAAGUUCAGAUUCAAAUUUUGGAUGUCAAUGACAAUAUACCUGUAGUGGAACAUGAAAUGUAUGAAGGGACGGUUGAAGAAAAUCAAGCCAAUGUAGAAGUGAUACGCAUAAAAGUGACUGAUGCAGAUGAAAUAGGCUCUGACAACUGGCUGGCGAAUUUUACAUUUGCAUCAGGAAAUGAAGAGGGUUACUUCCACAUAGAAACCGAUGCUCAAACUAAUGAAGGGAUUGUGACCCUUAUUAAGGAAGUUGAUUAUGAAAAAAUGAAGAAUCUUGACUUAAGUAUUAUUGUCACUAAUAAAGCAGCUUUUCACAAGUCAAUUGGGAAUAAAUAUAAGCCUGUGCCCAUUCCCAUCAAAGUAAAGGUGCAAAAUGUGAAAGAAGGUAUUCAUUUUAAAAGCAGCACAAUUUCAGUCCGUGCUAGUGAAGGCAUGGAUAUAUCAAGCCAGAGCCAAUCAAUUGGAAAAUUUGAAGUUCUUGAUGAAGACACUGGACAACAAGCUAACGUAAAAUACAUAAAAUUGGAAGAUGUAGACAAUUGGGUCUCUGUGGAUACUGUCACAUCAGAAAUUAAACUUGUAAAAAUUCCUGAUUUUGAAUCAAGAUAUGUCCAAAAUGGUACAUACACUGUAAAGGUUGUGGCUAUAUCAGACGAUUAUCCUAGAAAAACCAUCACUGGCACUGUCAUUAUCAAUGUUGAAGACAUCAAUGACAACUGUCCCACUCUGGUGGACCCAGUGCAGAAUGUCUGUUAUGACACACCAUAUGUGAAUGUCACUGCAAAAGACCUGGAUGGAGACCCAAACAGUGGACCUUUCAGUUUCUCUAUCAUUGACAAACCACCUGGAAUGGCAGAAAAGUGGAAAAUAAUACACCAAGAAAGUACCAGUGUGCUGCUGCAGCAAAGCGAGCAGAACCUUGGGAGAAGUGAAAUUCAGUUCCUAAUCUCAGACAAUCAGGGCCUCAGUUGCCCUGAAACGCAGAUCCUCAAACUCACGGUCUGUGAGUGUCUGCAUGGCAGUGGCUGUGUGGAAGCCCAGCAUGACUCCCACGUCGGCCUGGGACCCGCAGCGAUUGCACUCAUGAUUUUGGCGCUUCUGCUCUUGCUGCUUGUGCCACUUUUGCUGCUGGUGUGCCAUUGCGGAGAGGGUGCCAAAGGCUUCACCCCCAUACCUGGCACUAUAGAGAUGCUGCACCCUUGGAAUAAUGAAGGGGCACCCCCUGAAGACAAGGCGGUGCCAUCGCUUCUGGCAGUGGAUCACGGGGAGAAUCUAGCAGUAAAAAAUGGAGUAGGUGGCUUUAUAACCAAGGAAGCCACCAUGAAAGGAAGUAGUUCUGCUUCUUUUACCAAAGGGCAGCAUGAUUUGUCUGAAAUGGAUGGAAGAUGGGAAGAACACAGAAGCCUCCUUACUGGUGGGACCACUCAUGUUACAGGAACAACAGGAGCCUUUGCGGGCAAUGAAACCAUAAGGGCCACAGGAGCCACAGGGGCCACAGGAGCUUCCAGAGAUAUAACUGGAGCUAGAGCAGCUGCUGUUGCCAUGAAUGAGGAAUUCUUAAGGAAUUAUUUCAUUGAUAAAGUGGCCUCAUACACCGAGGAGGAUGACAUUCACAUGGCCAAAGACUGCCUUCUGGUUUAUUCUCAAGAAGAAACAGAAUCUUUACAUGGGUCCACUGGUUGUUGCAGUUUUAUUGAAGGAGAGCAAGACGACCGCUUCUUGGAUGACUUGGGACUUAAAUUCAAGACACUCGCUGAAGUUUGCCUGGGUCAAAAAAUAGUUAUGGAUGUAGAUAGUGAACAGAGGCAAGGCCCUGUCAAAGAAACAGGUAUGAACACAGCUUCACGCUCACUCUAUGAGCAAGCUAUGGUUAAUUCAGACAGUGCCUCCUCCUCUGGCAGCAGCUUUCAAGUUCCAGAACCUUCACGUGAAGCACAUAGAGAGAGAGUAACUCAGGAAAUUGUCACUGAAAGACCCAUGUCUUCUAGGCAGAGUCAAAAGGUAGCACCGCCUCUUCCUGACCCAGUGGCUUCUGGCAAUAUCAUAAUGACAGAAACCUCCUAUGGCACAGGCUCCACUGUGCCACCAAGCACCGUGAUCCUGGGCCCUAGACAACCACAGAGCCUUGUUGUGACAGAAAGGGUGUAUGCUCCAGCUUCCACCUUGGUAGACCAGCAUUAUGCUAAUGAAGGUAACAUCACGGUUACCGAAAGAGUGAUCCAGCCUAAUGGGGGCGUCCCAAACCCUCUGGAAGGCACCCAGCACCUGCAAGAUGCACAUUAUGUUAUGGUGAGGGAAAGAGAGAGCAUCCUUGCCCCCAGCUCUGGGUUACAGCCCGCUCUGGCUACACCCCACAUGGCAGUAGGACAGAAUGUGGUGGUGACAGAAAGAGUGCUAACACCUGCUUCCACUCUGCAAUCCAGUCACCAAAUUCCCACUGAAACCUCUAGAAAGACUGGAAAGACAGUGAUUUCUGGAACUGGAGUUCCUGGUGGUCCUCUGCCAACUUUUAGUCUAGAGGAGUCUGGUCCUUCUAAUUCUACCAUAACCACAUCUUCUACCAGGGUCACCAAACAUAGCACUGUGCAGCAUUCUUACUCAUAA